CCAUCCGUGACUGGGUUUUAAUCCCUAUAAUGGUUGUAAUGGUAUUAGUUGGUGUGCUUAGGGAUCAAGUUACAGUAUUAUUAGGUGGUGGUGCUUCUACAAAAAAACCAGGCUUAAAGGCUAUAAGAGAAACACGAAUUUUAGCUCGUGGUGCCACAUUACGAACUUAUGGAAAUCAUAUUCCACUAAGUUCUUUUACUAGUCGAAAAAAUUUUUUAUCAAAUGCAUAUAAAAAAGGUGAAUACUUAAAAAAUCCGGCUGCAAUGAAUCAGACGGUGAAUCCAAUGACAGAUCCAGCAGGAAUGGAGAUGAUGAUGGAAGGAAUGAAAAAGAAUUUUUUAAUGAUCAUACCUCAAUCUAUUAUCAUGGGAUGGAUAAAUUUUUUUUUUUCAGGAUUCGUUUUGAUCAAGUUACCUUUUCCUCUUACUCUCCGUUUCAAAUCUAUGCUCCAACGUGGUGUGGAAACUCCUGAUAUGGAUGUUACCUGGGUUUCAUCCUUAUCAUGGUACUUCCUUAACCUUUUUGGUUUAAGAAGUAUAUUCACAUUACUUCUAGGUGAAGAUAAUGCUGCAGAUGGUAUGCGUGAUAUGACAGCAAUGUCACAAAUGGGUGCAAAUCCUUCAGGACAACCACAAGACUUUUAUAAACUUCAUCUUGCUGAAGGUGAAAAUCUUUUACUGACGCCGCAUGAUUGGGAAUUGGGUGAUAUAGAGCACAGAUUACUCGUACAAUAUGGUAAAAGGAAGCCAAAGACAGUUUCUGAUAUAGUUGAUGUUGGUGAUUCUGAUGAAAAAAGUAUAGGAUCAUCUUCAGAAAAUAAAGGUAAAGGACGAAGAAAAGGUGGUGAUUAUGCAGUUUAUCCUGGCAUAGUUAAAUUGUAUGACAGUUGUUUACGCUUUAGCUUGGGUGCUGCUGCUGCGAUCCCACCAAAA